CGUCAUACCCCCAAAGAAAAUAAACAAGAAAUGGGCCAGGUGGUUAAGGCUGGUGUCCAAAUAACAUAAUGCGACGGUGUAACUUAGCCAAUAUAAGAAUAUAUAACAUUUAGACAUAUAGGUAACCAGAACUACGUUUUUCAGUACGCUAUCAGCGCAACAUUGAAAUACAUGUUGUGCAUUUCUGAUGUGAUGAGCUAAGGCAUUCCAUGAUGGACAGUGAUCUAAGUCCUCAGGAUAAAAAAGACUUGGACAAGUUCAUAAAGUUUUUCGCUUUGAAGACAGUACAGGUGAUAGUCCAAGCUCGACUUGGGGAAAAAGUAUGCACACGCUCCUUGUCUUCACCUACUGGCUCUGAUUGGUUCAACCUGGCAAUCAAAGAUAUCCCAGAAGUUACACAUGAGUCAAAGAAAGCUCUGGCCGGGCAGCUUCCUGGCAUCGGACGGUCCAUGUGUGUUGAGAUCUCCCUCAAAACCUCAGAGGGAGACUCGAUGGAAUUGGAGACAUGGUGUCUCGAAAUGAACGAGAAGUGUGACAAAGAUAUUAAGGUGUCCUACACUGUCUAUAACCGCAUGUCAUUACUGCUCAAGUCACUACUGGCUAUCACAAGGGUAACCCCAGCCUACAAACUCUCACGAAAGCAAGGGCAUGACUAUGUCAUACUGUACAGGAUAUAUUUUGGAGAGGUUCAACUUACAGGAUUGGGAGAAGGGUUCCAGACAGUGCGUGUAGGAGUUGUGGGAACUCCUAUUGGAACCAUCACCUUAUCUUGUGCUUACAGGACAAACCUGGCCUUCAUGUCCACCAGGCAGUUUGAGAGGACGGCUCCGAUUAUGGGCAUAAUCAUUGACCACUUCGUUGAGCGCCCCUUUGGCAACAUGGGACACAUGCAUCCAUGUAACUACAGAGCACCCGGGGAAGAUGAAGGAGCAUACAAUGGGGUGGAGGAUUCUCAGGAAGUGUGCACCACGUCCUUCUCCACUUCUCCACCCUCACAACUCUACUGCUCUCGUCUUUCUUAUCAGUCUCCUGUGCUUGUUGGAGCUGCUGACUUCUGCCACCCCUCCAGCUUAAAUGCUGCCAACCCACACCAGAUGGAAUUUCCAGGGAAGGAGGGGGGCGUACCCCAGAAGGUGCCUGUGCAGCCUUGUCACGGAGCCCAGGCAGAGCAUCGACGAGUGUCCUCAUGCCCCCCUUCUGAUCAUGUUCCCGCCACGCCCUCCAGCAGUGGCGAGGACGCAGAGACCUCGUCGAGGAGCGUUGAGGUGAAGAGUGGCUCUCCCUGUGGUGUACUGGAGACCACCUUCACCAGGAAAGUGGGUGCCUUUGUCAACAAGCCAGGCACACAGGUAACCACAGCAAGCCUGGACUUACCAUUUGCAGCGUUUGCUCCCAGAGCCUAUGACCUCGAGGAAAAUGACCCUAUGGUUCAGCCGCCGGGGUCCUCAGCCACGUCCUCUCCCCUGCAGGGCAGUUUGCACUCCCAAGGCUCUGGUGAGAGUGGAGGCCCGGCACAGGACGACUUUGUUAUGGUGGACUUUAAGCCUGCGUUCUCCAAGGAUGACCUCCUUCCCAUGGACCUUGGCACAUUCUACAGAGAGUUCCAGAACCCCCCACAGCUCACCAGCCUCACUAUUGAUGUCAGUUCUCAGUCCAUGGCAGAGGACCUGGACUCUCUUCCUGAAAAACUGGCAGUAUACGAGAAGAACAUUGAUGAAUUUGAUGCAUUUGUGGACACAUUGCAGUAGGGAUAGAAAUGGAUCCACUGUCUCAAAUGACAAAUUAUCCCAUUUAGUCCAUCUGCAAGGUCCUGUUGUCUUUCAAGAUUGUUUGCAUUCAGCCUGUGUAUGCCUGUUCUUUCUUCUCGUAGUUGAAAUUCCACAUUGAUUUGUAAUCAGAAUGUUUCUCUUCAAACCUCACUGGUUGAUGUAUUGUAGAGUAAGAGAGCCUGUACCCAACAAUCGAAGACAUCUUUUAAAAAAAUUGCACGGUUUCUUUUCUGAUGUGAAUAACUGCAACGUUUGCUCUAGUGUUGAGCAGACUGUGUCGUAAUGUAAAUACCAGAUCCCCUCUCACCUUGCUGUUAUAGAACUUAGCACAUAAUAACAAAGACGUUCAGUUCAUCAAAGCCGUUGUAUUAUUGCUGUCCCGUGUGACACUGAGAACGUUCAUAGCAACUAUGGAGUCAGACGUGGCCAUGUUUUAGUAGAUGGGAAGAUAUGUAUGGCAAUUGGUCAAUAGUAGUGAAUCUAUAUCCAAGAAACAGCGAACAUGCUGUGUAGCUGAAUCUGUAUGUUGAAAAGUUCCUGUAGUUGUUUUUUUGUAAAUGGGGAGAAGUGUUGUCUACUUUCUUCUCUAGAUUACCAACUCUAGGCCACAAAUCACUGUGUCACUACAAAUGAUGUACAGUCACUGCUCACCUCUGAAUCACCAUAUAAAGCAAGCUUCCUUUUCCCCUA